ACUGCUAAUACUAAUCAUUGACGCUAAUUAAAGAAUUAUGCCCUAAAAAACAUCCCUCCUGACAAAAUCCAGAAACAAAGACCAUCGUUACCAUUACCAUUAACAGUCUGGAUAGAGAUAUGGAUCAAGGAGAAGACCAUCGCAACGGCAAUGGCAAUGGCAAUGGCAAUGGCCACCUUCAUCAUCACAGCAACUCCAUCACCGCCUCCCAAAUCCAACAACAGUUCGCCCACCAUCUCCCAGGCAUCGCCCGUAUCAACAACGGCAGUUUCGGAUGCUGCCCUCACUCCGUCUUGGCUGCCCACCAAGAAUGGCACCUUCGCUUCCUCCGCAACCCCGAACGCUUCUACUCCGACGUCCUCCCCGACGCCCUCCUCCACUCCCGCUCCCUCCUCAAGUCCCUCAUCAACGCCGACCACCUCCAUCAGGUCUCCCUCAUCGACAACGCCACCACCGCUGCCGCCAUCGUUCUCCGCCACAUCGCCAGCUCCCUCUCUCACAAUGACACCGUCUUCAUGUUCCACUGCGCCUUCCAGGCCGUCAAAAAAUCCAUCCAAGCCUACGUUGCCACCGCCGGCGCCUCCGUCGUCGAGAUCCCACUGCCCUUUCCAGUCCGUUCCCCACAAGACAUCGUUGCCCGGUUCAGGAAGGGUUUGCAGACAGGCAAAGCCAACGGCAGCAAGAUUAGGUUAGCCAUAAUCGAUCAUAUUACUUCCAUGCCGUCUGUCCUCAUUCCCGUCCGGGAAUUAGUUCACAUUUGCAGGGAAGAGGGUGUUGACCAGGUCUUCGUCGAUGCAGCUCACGCCUUGGGUACGGUCCCCGUCGACGUGAAAGAGAUUGGGGCCGAUUUCUAUGUCACAAACUUGCACAAAUGGUUCUUUUGUCCGCCUUCCGUCGCUGUGUUUUAUAGCCGGAAUGACUUGCCCAUUGAGACUUCUUGGAUUGGGACCCGGGACUAUAGCUCGCAGCUCCUUGUGCCUUCGGUUAUGGAGUUUGUGAGCCGCUUCGAAGGUGGGAUAGAGGGGAUUAUGAAGAGGAACCAUGAGAGUGUUGUUCAAAUGGGGCAGAUGUUGGCAGAGUCAUGGGGCACCAUUCUUGGCUCGCCGCCUCAUAUGUGUGCCAGUAUGAUUAUGGUUGGCUUGCCUUCCCAAUUGGGUAUUUCCAGUGAGGACGAUGCGUCGAGAUUGAGGUCGCAUUUGCGGACCUGUUUUGGUGUAGAAGCUCCUAUUCAUUACCAGGCUCCAAAUGAUGCUGCAACUGAAGCCAGAGAUAAUAAAGAUGGGCUAAUCAGUGGUUAUGCUCGGAUAUCUCACCAACUUUAUAACACGGUUGAGGAUUAUCACAAGUUCAGGGACGCCAUCAAUCAGCUUGUUCAGGAUGGAAAAGUAUGCAAAAUGCUUUGAUGGAAUGAAGAAAAGAAGAGAGGGGUACACAUGAAGUGACUGAGCAACUCUUGAGGUGGCCCUCUAAUUUGAACAUGGCCUUAACUGGUAAGAGUGAGUAUAAUAUAGAUAUACUACUCCUGUAGAACCAGUAGUGGAAGAAGAAUUCUCUGGUUGAAAAGAUUUUAUUAUGGCUCAAACUUGAAGACUAACUUAGAAAAGGGGAAGUGUUCUUUUAAGGUUUUGAUUUCAUAAUCAAUUGUCCUUUUGGGGCAGCAUGCUAAGUUUGGUGUUCUUUUUGACAUUCUUUAUCCAGGAUCCAAAUUCUAUUACUCCAGGAAAAACACUAAGGAUAAUCAAGAGCUCUGGCUGAAGUAGAAACUCACUCCUAUCUUUUUUUUACAGGCACAACCAUUUGAAAGAGUAAUUGAUUAUAGGAAAUCUCAUUUGAUUGAUCUGAUGCUGUAAUGAGCAAAUCAUGGUCGCCCUAUGCUGAAACGCGAUGCGGGUUUGUUUUAAAACUAAUUAACAUCUCGACAAACAAGUAAAAACGAGAGCUUGCUGUCUUCUGCUGUAUGAGCUUUCUUAUACAAUUUUUGUGAAGAAAAUGAGUAGUUUAUUAUCAUGGUCUACUAGGAACUCCUUAUGGGAAAAGAAUGUGUCAACAGUAGAAUCGGAGAGUAGGAUAGGAUGGUAAGUUGAUGUAAUUGAAAGGCUUGAUGGUCUGAUAGUUGCUAGAGAAAUGUUGAGUAUACAUUUAUGUAUCUAUAAUUUACAUCCUGUAAACGUAAUUGAGCAAGUGCUCCAUCGCCUGCAUUCUUUUAGCAGCUUAGUCACUUGGCACAAACUAAACUUCAUUUUUGAUACAAUAGAUUUGCAGUUACUACUCCCAUAUUCUCAUA